AAGAAUAUGGAAUCAGAAAAGUAGGCCCCCCAAAAAAUCAGGUACGCGUAAAGAAGAAGCAGCCCUCCUCACAAUUUAAAGCCUUAAAUCAAAUCAAUCUCCCCCAUAUUUUUCAACUCUCCUCUUUCUUCAACCUCCGUCUUCUGCAAUUUCCGCCGUCGUUCUCAAAUCUAGGGUUUCUUUCUUCAACGAUGGCGUCCAAGCGGAUCUUGAAGGAGCUCAAGGAUCUCCAGAAAGAUCCUCCUACUUCUUGCAGCGCUGGUCCUGUUGCUGAAGACAUGUUUCAUUGGCAAGCAACAAUAAUGGGUCCUGGAGAUAGCCCAUAUGCCGGGGGAGUGUUUCUAGUGACAAUCCAUUUCCCUCCUGACUAUCCAUUCAAACCACCCAAGGUUGCCUUCAGGACAAAGGUUUUCCACCCAAAUAUCAACAGCAACGGUAGUAUAUGUCUUGACAUUCUAAAGGAGCAGUGGAGUCCUGCAUUGACCAUAUCUAAGGUAUUACUUUCAAUUUGCUCCUUGUUGACGGAUCCAAACCCUGAUGAUCCCCUUGUGCCAGAGAUCGCUCACAUGUACAAGACAGACCGAGCAAAGUACGAAGCAACUGCAAGGAGCUGGACGCAGAAGUAUGCUAUGGGUUAGUCUGCCUUGUAGGUGGGGGGAUAAGGACCCCUCCCUCCAUUGUGUAUAAAAUGGCAACUCAUUCUUCAAUGUUUAACUGUUGCAGCAGACAAUGAAAAUUGAAAUUCUUGCUACUUAAGGUCAAAGCAAACGCUUUGCAUUUGUCUGUUGGAACCAUUAUGUUAAUUUGAAUUUGUUAAAUUUGUCUUAGUGUGUGCUUCUUUAACGGGGAAGUAAUAAGAACUUCUGGUUUACAAGUUUUUUGGUAGUAUGA